AUGUCAAAAGGAACCAGUAAAGCAAAUGUUUAUGGUGGUAAUCACAAUGGAAAGUCUAACCAGUUCAUCAAAUUAGUGGGUGAUGAGUUAUUAGAUAACUCUGAGUUUCCCGAUAGAUUUCAGGUUGCCGCUCACUUGAAAUUACUCCACUCUUUCGAGGAAUUGAGAAAAUCAACCGUUCAAGGUAUUGAUAAUGAGCAAGAAAGAGAAAAACUUUGGCAAUGCUACAUCACAAUGGCUGUCAGAAGGUUUGUGAUUUUUGUUAGUGCUUUAAAGUUCAAAUUCAUGGACCUGCCAAACAGUGAAGAUCCAAAAUUUAGAAAAAGGUUUUCCGAUUUUAUGGAUGGAUUACUACCUCCUAUAGAUGUCAUACUUGUUUGGCAUUCUUUCUGUUUAAAUCCCAAAUCUUUCUUUGACAAUUUUCAAUAUAACAAUUUGAUACUGUUCGUUCGUUAUCCAUUUCCUCUCGUGAGGAUAAAUCAAAGUAUUUCAAACGAAAAGUUCAUUUUCAUCCCUUCCAUUGAAUUCAGCGAUGCAUAUACCAAGCUUGUAGAGGAUUUCAUGAUCCUGACACAGAUGGAAGAACCCACAAACUUCAAUUCUUACCAACCUUUUGACCCAUUUACUAUUGACUUGCCUGUCUUUUGUAUACUUUGCUCCAAGAAAUUUGAAGACUGCAAAUUGACUAACGAUCAAAAUUCUGGUUUUGCUGAUAAGGACUUCAAAAUAAUAUCUUAUCCUUGCUGUGGGUUCAAUUCGGAGAUAACACAUACACAGUUGAGGACCAGGAAAUUUUUCAACGAUUACAGUAAUAACAGCAAGUUGCUACCUUCCAUAUACAAGUACUACUCUUCGUCCUUGAACCGAGUCGACGAUUCAAUGGUGCAGGCUGACAAAUCAAUUCGAAAAAUUGUUAGUGUUAAUGAAGGACCCUUCAAAAAUAUACAGUUGGUAGAAUUUUGUGAUACUUUCUACAAGUAUUUUGGCAAAUUUGACUGGCUCAUUUUCAGAGAUUAUUUUGAGCUUAAUUGCAUUUCAUCCACAAUACCUGUUAGCUCUUCCACUUUCCAUAUACAUGAGGAUUUAGUUGCAUGUGUGAUUAGGCAAGAGAGGUUCAUCAAAAAAAUGGUUCUUCUUGACUGGCUACAUUCUCAGUUCAUAGAGGUAACUGUCAUUAACUCGAUCGACAGGUAUCUCAAAUUCAUGAAUCUCGUCAAAAACUCUCAGGUGUGUCUAAUUCCGACCUUAGACAUAGACCUUGUAUGGCACACACACCAAUUGAACCAUCCUUCUUACUACGAGUACACAACUCAAAGAAUCGGUAGAUUUAUUGAUCAUAACGAUAAAAUCGAGGAGAACAGAUUAACUUACGGUUUCGAUGAAACGUGCAAGGCUUUCGAAAAUGCAUAUGGUGAAAACUAUUCUAUCUGCUUGUGUUACUUUUGUUCUUUGAAUAGAAUAAAAAAAAGAGGGCUCUUGAACAAAUUGAAGAGAAAACCUUCUACUAAAGCCUCGCUAGUCGAAAAUGAAUUGUAUUCGUUAACUCAUAUAAGCACUCAUAAUUCUGUCUUGGUCAAUACUGAUCGUAGAAAUCACUUAAGAAGGUAUAUCUGGAAGAAGUAUGAAGACGAUCACACUCAACCUUUACCAUGGGACGAUGAUAUGUACCUAAAGGAAUUGAGCUUCAUCACUAAUCCAAUUUUACCAGCUCAAAAAGACGAUCUUUGUCAUCUAAGACUAUAUAAGAAUGGUGUUUGUGGAACAGCGGUUGAUAAAGCAAGUGCUUGCGGAGGAUUAACGGGGAGCUGCGGAGAUUUUUCGAAGAAUAGCGAACCUGCGCUAGGAUCAGGUGCCAAGCUUGGUAGUCUUUGUGGUUCAAACCAGGUGAUAACGUACCGCCAACCAUAUUACAAUUUAAAUAACAACAUAUACCCUGGUGGGGCUGGUUGA